CAUUAAAAAUAUAAUUUUUUUUAGAUAUUAGCAUUAAAAUUUUAACAUAAAUCUAGUUUAAAAGACAUCAUUCAUAAUAAUGAAUCUAGGGAUGCAAAAUUUUCUUCGCAUUAAUAGUCCUUUUUUUCUUUUUCUUUUUUUGUAAAGUCGCUUCGGAAGACUUACCACAAAAGAGAAAGUCUUUUCGUUUUUUUUUAUAAUAAAAAAUAGCUCUUUUCAUCUCUUUUAGAGGUUCUUUGCUUCGGAUUUUUCUUUCCUGUUUGUUUGGCUGCUGUGAAAACAAGAAAAUAGAAAUGGGGUUUUCAGUUUUCCAUGAUUUUGUUGGAGCUUACUAGGGAUACUCUUGAAAGUUUAUUAAUUUUCAUUUUUGUUUCUAAAUUUCCAGGCGAGUUCAUCUCAGCUAUUGGGCACAAAGUGGAAGGUUCAAUUUAACCUGGUUUGGCUGUUCACCCUUCUGCAAAGCAAUAAGUUAAAAAAUCAACCUUUCUUUUCCCUUUUUAUUCUCUAGUUCAGAACUAAACCAGGGAAUGCUGAGAUGUGCUUGAAAGUUGAGAACUAUUUGCCCGUGAUAGAUGAAGCUGUGGCUGCAUCUGGGUUGCCUUUGUUUGUUCUAGAUAAAAUUCAACAUUCUGUUGUCAGUCCCUUUAGGAUCCAUGUGGUAUUGCCAAGUGUGGCUAGAAAUUUGAAACAACGUAUCAUGUCAAAGCAUGAUGUCUGUGAAGAUGGUUGAACUUUUGCUUUUCUGAGGUCAAUUCCAGUUGUUUGUAUACCCUAACUUAAUCAGGUUUAUUGUAAUUGCUGUUUAGUUAUCUUCCAUUUCUUGAAAUGGAGAAUAAGGGGAGCGUGUUAAUGCAGAAGUAUGAAGUAGGGAGAUUAUUAGGCCAAGGAACCUUUGCCAAGGUGCAUUAUGCAAGAAAUCUUGAAACUGGGAUGAGUGUUGCAAUCAAAAUAGUUGAUAAAGAGAAGGUCUUGAAGGUGGGGAUGAUUGAUCAGAUUAAGCAAGAAAUCUCUCUCAUGAAGCUUGUUAGGCAUCCUAAUAUGGUGGAGCUUUAUGAGGUUAUGGCAAGCAAAACCAAGAUUUACUUUGUCAUGGAAUAUGCUAAGGGCGGAGAACUCUUCAACAAGGUUGCUAAAGGAAAGCUGAAGGAGGAUGCUGCAAGGAAGUAUUUUCAGCAGCUGAUCUGUGCUGUGGAUUACUGCCACAGCAGAGGUGUGUGCCACCGCGACUUGAAACCUGAAAACCUCUUGUUGGAUGAGCAGGGGAAUCUGAAAGUCUCUGAUUUUGGAUUGAGUGCACUUGCUCAAUCAAAGCACCAAGAUGGGUUGCUCCAUACGACCUGUGGAACUCCUGCAUAUGUUGCUCCAGAAGUGAUCAACAGAAGAGGCUACGAUGGGUUCAAAGCUGAUGUUUGGUCUUGUGGGGUUAUCUUAUAUGUUCUUUUGGCCGGUUAUCUUCCAUUCCGUGACUCAAAUCUGAUGGAGUUGUAUAGGAAGAUUGGUAAGGGAGAGUUCAAAUUUCCUAACUGGUUUGCUCCUGAAGUACGGAGGUUGAUUUCAAAAAUCCUGGAUCCCAACCCAAGUAGCAGGAUAUCCAUGGCCAAAAUAAUGGAAAAUCCAUGGUUUCGGAGAGGAUUAGAAACACCAAAGCCCCCUCUUCUUGACCAUAACGAGAAAGAUUCAAAGGAACUAGCUGCUUUGGAUGCUGAUGCAGUUUUCAGUAUGAAUGAGAACCCUAAUGAUGCUAUUGUAGAGGCAAAUCAAGAGGUGGGGAAACCUUCUAACUUGAAUGCCUUUGAUAUCAUCUCCAUGUCUUCAGGAUUCGACUUGUCUGGUUUGUUUGCUGAAGGGAAAGAUGAAAGGAAAAAAGUGCAAUUUACAUCCAACAAAACUGCAUCAACAAUCAUAUCAAAACUGGAAGACAUUGCAAGGCGUCUGAAGCUGAAAGUGAAGAAGAAAGAUGGAGGGUUGUUGAAGAUGGAAGGGUCUAAAGAGGGCAGGAAAGGAGCUCUGGGCAUUGAUGCUGAAAUAUUUGAGAUCACUCCGUUCUUCCAUUUAGUUGAGAUGAAGAAGAGCAAUGGUGAUACGUUGGAGUACCAGAAAAUGAUGAAACAAGACAUCAGACCGGCUCUCAAGGACAUUGUUUGGACCUGGAAAGGAGAGCCACCACCUCCACAACCUCCAUUACCUCCACUGCUGCAGCAGCAACCACAACAACUGGACGAACAAUAGCUGUGAUCAUUUCUCCAAAAAUUCAUGUUAUCUCGCCUCAGAACUUAAAAUGAUUGACCAAAUUUGGUUUCUUCUUGAACUUGAUCUGUUUUAUGUGGGUACUUGAAAUAUUUUCAGUGGUGUUCUUCCUGUACACAGUUAUCAACCAUAUGUUUGAUCUUGUUUGCUUCAAAUAUCAAUCUAAGAUUGUUUUUUCUGCUAUUUUUAGUGGCCUGGUUAUUGAGUUGUGAUC